CUUGGAGCAGUCAGUCAUUCGCACUCUUCGCCUCCUUCGACAAGGACUCACCUUUCACCAGUGCGAGGGAGCCUUUUUGUUUGACUGUGUCUCAUGGAGGGCAGGAUCACCUGUGGACUGUGGCUGCUCGUCCUUCUCCUGGGAUGUGGACGACUGUCGGCUUUCAACCUGGACACCGAGAAUGUCCAAACGAAGAGAGGGGACCCAGGCAGCCUGUUCGGCUUCUCUCUCGCCAUGCACCGGCAGCUUGAACCGGUGGAUAAGAGAAUGCUGCUGGUCGGCUCCCCGAGGGCGAAAGCCUUAAGUGGUCAAAAAUCUAAAGUGCCAGGAGGACUUUACAGCUGUGACAUGAGCUCCACCUCAACGAACUGUGCCAGAGUUAACUUUGAUAAUGAUGAGGAUUUAACCAGUGAAAGCAAAGAGAACCAGUGGAUGGGCGUGACAGUCAGCAGUCAGGGACCAGGAGGCAAGAUUGUGACCUGUGCCCAUCGCUACCAGCGUCGGACCAGCGUGAACAAGCCCAGCGAAUCCCGUGACAUUAUCGGCCGCUGCUACGUGCUGAGUCAAGACUUGACAAUCAAUUCCGUGUCAGGUGAAGACGGAGGUGGCUGGCACUUUUGCGACAGGCGGGCCAGAGGCCAUGAGAUGUUUGGCUCCUGCCAGCAGGGCCUCUCUGCCACAUUUGACAAGGACUACCACUAUUUCAUCUUUGGGGCCCCUGGAGCAUACAACUGGAAAGGCGUGGUACGCUUGGAACAAAGGAACAACACCUUCUUUGAGAUGGGCAUCUAUGACGACGGUCCUUUUGAGACAGGAGAUGAGAAAGAAAAGAAACAGGAACUGGUCCCUGCCCCUCCCAACAGCUACCUGGGCUUCUCUCUGGACUCGGGGAAGAGUUUGACCAAGAAGGGUGAGCUGACGGUGGUGGCCGGAGCUCCUAGAGCGAACCACAGCGGGGCAGUGGUGCUGCUGAAGAAAGGCUCGUCCUCAAGCAACAUCUUGCUGGAAGAGUACACAUUGGAGGGGGAGGGGCUGGCCUCAUCUUUCGGCUACGACCUGGCUGUGCUGGAUCUCAACGGGGACGGUUGGCAGGACAUCGUGGUGGGAGCACCUCAGUACUUUGAGAAGGACGGAGAUAUUGGUGGAGCUGUCUACGUCUACGUCAACAAAGAGGGAAAGUGGAACAAAGUCACGCCGACCAGAAUAGACGGAAAUCGGGACUCCAUGUUUGGCCUGGCUGUGGAAAACCUGGGAGACAUCAAUUUGGAUGGUUACCAUGAUUUUGCAGUGGGAGCUCCUUAUGAGAAUGAUGGUGCAGGGGCUGUCUACAUCUACGGUGGAUCAGCCACAGGACUCAGCUCUAAAAAACCAGCACAGGUGCUGUCUGGUCAGCUUUCAGGAGCGAGGCUCUUUGGCUACUCCUUGGCAGGCAACAUGGACCUGGAUAAGAACUCCUACCCUGACCUGGCUGUCGGAUCCCUCUCUGACUCAGUCUUUGUCUACAAAGCCCGUCCAGUUAUUAACAUCAAGAAAGAAAUCAAGUUCUCACCAAAGGAAAUUGACCUCACCAAGAAGAACUGUGACAACAACUUCUGCUUGAACAUUGAGGCGUGCUUCACCUACACUGCCAACCCCACAAGCUAUGCUCCCAGACUGACGGUGGCGUACACCCUCGAGGCAGACGCUGACCAUGGGAAGGACUCUCUUUCUCGCAGGGCUACCUUCACCGAGUCCUCUGCCACUGACAAAAACUACGAAUCCAGAGGGACCAUCACCAUGACCAGCAAAGGAGCGAAACAGUGCGUUACACGUCAGCUUGCCAUAAAGGAAAAUAUCCGAGACAAGCUGCACGCCAUCCCUAUUGAUGUGUCCGUGGACAUCCAGGAUGCCACGCGUAAACGCAGGCAGAGCUCAGCUCCUCAACUGCCACCUGUCCUGGACCCCAAGGAGUCAAAGACGACUCGAGCAGAGGUGAAUUUCCUGAAGGAGGGUUGUGGCAACGACAAUGUGUGCCAGAGCAACCUGCAGGUGAAUUAUCGCUACGGCCAGAAGACAGAAAAAACAUUCGUACCAUUAGAACUGGAGAACGGUGUGCCGGUGAUCUCGCUCAGCAAUCAGAAGGAUAUCGCCUUGGAGGUCAAAGUAUCCAAUCUCAAUGCAGAUGAUGCAUACGAAGCCACUUUGAAUGCCUUCUUCCCGCGUUCCCUGACCUACUCUACAUACCGUGGUGGUGACCGGUCGUUAGGCUGCACAGCCAAUAAAAAUGGCUCUGAGGUCUCUUGUGAGCUUGGAAACCCCUUCAAACGUGACUCAGAGACGACCUUCUACAUUAUUUUGGGUACGUCAGGCAUCUCUCUCAGCACUACUGAACUGGAGAUUGAUCUUCAACUAAAAACGACAAGCAGCCAACAGAGCCUAGCUCCUGUCAAAGCGAAGUUAAAAGUGGCCAUCGUGUUGCAGCUGUCUGUAACAGGACAAGCCCAGCCUUCUCAGGUGUACUUCACAGGAGAGGUCAAAGGUGAGACGGCCAUGAAGGCUGAAAGUGACACUGGCAGUGCCAUCACACAUCAGUUCAGAAUAAUUAACCUGGGAAAGCGUUUGACAGACUUUGGCACCGCCACGCUCAACAUCAAGUGGCCAAAGCACACGGAGCAGGGCAAGUGGCUGCUCUACCUGAUGAAGAUCAGCUCCACAGGAGUGGAGCAGAUGGAGUGCUCACCUAGAGGCGAGAUCAACAGUCUUGGCCUGGAACCAAGCAAGACCAGGUCAAGAAGAGCAGCGAGUAACAUCUUGGGAAGUGAAGAGGGCACUCUUUCCCGUUUUAUUGACACCAAGCAAUCUCUAUCUCUGUCUUGUGACAGUGGGCUUCAGUGUGUGACCAUAAAGUGCCCCCUGCGGGGCCUGGACAGUAAUGCAGUCAUCACUCUCCACUCUCGCCUCUGGAACAGCACAUUCAUCGAGGAUUAUUCCAAAUUACAUCAUGUGGAGGUGACAGUGGAGGCCUCUCUGCAUGUUGAUAGCACAGCAAAGAACACAGUGUUGGAAAAUGCUGAGACACAGGUGAGACUGACAGUGUUCCCAGAGAGGCGUGCAGCUCAGUAUGGAGGAGUACCAUGGUGGAUCAUCGUGCUGUCCAUCCUGCUCGGGCUGCUGUUGUUAGGCCUCUUGGCUUUUCUUCUCUGGAAGUGUGGCUUUUUUAAGCGUGCCAAAUAUGAAGACAAGGUUCCCAGUUACAAUGCAGUUCGGAUCAAACGGGAGGAGAGAGCAAUAAACCCUGGAAACGGAAAGUGGGAAAACCUGGAAAAGAAGCCCUGGAUGACAACCUGGCAUGACCACGAACAUUAUUCUUAACAGCCAAUGAAAUCUGACUCCACACAGAUCCUUGUCGCUUUUCUGUUGAACUCCCAAUUUCACUGUUUUUGUUUUUCCUGCCCUGUCUUUGCACAGCUUAGACUGUAAAUAUCAAGAAAGAAAGAAAGAAAGAAAGAGGAUCUUUUGUAAACUUUUGUAGGACGAAAUACUUGAUCAAACAUUCUGCUUCAGGGGCUGAUUUGAUCUCGGAUGGUCAGGAUGAAUCACUGGAAGGAGAGUUGCAGUGUGGGAGAUGGUCCUGCACAACUACUGUUUGUUUGUCAGAGUUUUAGAGCUCGUUGUUGUACAUUGACUAUGUUGACAGUGUUGACUGGG